AUGGGACGCAGGGGACGGAGGAAGGUUCCUCUAAGCGCUUACGCAGUACAGGACAAACUAGCGGAAGCUAAGGCAAGAGUGGCAAAGCUCACAGCGAGUUGGUCACAGCCAAACCAAUCAAAAGCUCCUUCCGCUCCGUCUGCUCCGCCUCAAACACCAGAUCUCAGCACUUCCAUCGCAAAGAGCAGAGCAGAAAUUGCACGCAAGACGCAUGAAAUGAAGCAGCGCACUCAAUCGCGCAUAAAUCCUCAUCUUGAAGCCAAUCGCACCGAUACCAAAGCACCCGGAAGUGGUUUAGGCACUACAAGCCAUCCUCUAUUGGCCAACGCCUCCUCACCAGCGUCCCCAGCGUCGACUAAACCUGCUGCGCCCAAAUUCACGUCUGUAAAGGCAAAUAAAGGCGCAGCUCCAGCCGCUUCAGCUAACCCUUACCUUCAAGCAGGAGAUGCUAACGAAGUUCCUGCUAAACGCAAACGUCAAAUGGUCUUCUCUAGGCCUGGAAAGUAUAUAGCUCAAGCUGAUGCGGUACGCAAUGAAGCCAAACUAGAAGAAUUAAAGCGUAAAAUUGAUGAGAAUGCCAGGAAAGCUGGUAUCACUGGUGAAUCUGAAGCUGCAUCUGAGCGUGCUUUGAAGAGACCACCUCCGCCUGCUGUUGAGUGGUGGGAUCAACCAUUGUUAAACAACCCUGAAUCAUAUCCUGAUGAUGUCCACAAUGACUCAAAAAUUCACUCAGAUGACAGUCUCAUCACUCUUUACGUUCAGCAUCCUAUUCCUAUACCUGCUCCUCACGACAGAUCCAAGUUCGCCGCUCUCGAUAUGAAGUUGACAAAGAAGGAAAUGAAGAAGAUGCGCAAACAGAGACGACAAGGGGAGUUGAGUGAUAAGAGAGAUAGAAUUAAGAUGGGACUGCUUCCUCCAGACCCUCCGAAGGUCAAACUAUCAAAUCUCAUGCGCGUCUUGGCAAGUGACGCCAUCCAGGAUCCUACAAAGGUAGAGGCUAAAGUGCGCAAAGAUAUGCACAAGCGCAAGGCUGAGCAUGAGCGUGCAAAUGAGGAGAAUAAGUUGACGAGAGAGGAGAGGCACGAGAAAGACGACAGUAAGAGAGCGGAAAAUGAGAAAACGAGGGGUACACGUGCAGCAGUCUUUAAGGUGAGAUAUAUGAAUAACCCAUCGCAUCAAUUUAAGGUACGCAAAAAUGCUCAGCAACAUGGCCUGUCGGGAUGCUGGUUGCAAAAUGACAAGUUUCACUUUAUAUACAUUGAAGGAGGAGAGAAGAGCGUAAGAGCGUACAAAAGAUUGAUGACAGUGCGCAUCGACUGGACGGAAGAGCCCAGAGGCGGUACCGAUAACCAGGACGACCAAGGGGAGAUUCAACAGCAGCAAUCGCUGGCUGAUAACUACUGUCGCCUUAUUUGGGAGGGACCAGCGCGCGAUAGACUGUUCAACCGCUUUUUGACUAAGGAAAUGCAGAGUGACAGGGAGGCAAAGGAGUUUCUGGGCGAGUCGCUUGCAAACUACUGGGAUACAGCCAAAGUGCACACUUUGGAAGAGUGA